AUGGGAGAAAUAAGCAAAAAGGCUAUCCUUGUGGAUUAUCUAAAAAUGUGCAACAAGAAUGAUAUGGCUGAGGCAGUAAUAAAAUAUUGUGAUGAAGAGCAUGGUAUAGUUUUCAAUAGACAUCCUGCUAAGAACGAGAACAAAUUUGGAGUAAUCUACGACUAUAUAGCUACUUCGCAGUCCAAUAUAUCAAGUGUUUCCAACAGUUCAAACGAUUUAAAAGAGUCGAUAAAACAAGGAAGCUAUGGAGAAGUUGAAAGUGUAGUGAAGUCUAAAUGUUUCUAUAAGAAUAAAAAAUCAAUGGAAAAUUUACAAAGAGAUAAGGAGCCAAGUAGUUACAUAUCAUAUGAUAUCAAAAAGGAAGUAAAGGCUAGAGCAGUAAAAGGAAGUGAUCCAAUUUCUGAAAUGUUGGAUGAUAUGUGUGAAAUCAUAGCACCUGAAGGGAAGGGAAAGUUUUUAAAAUUUAUAGGAGAAAAUUACGUGUAUGUCUUAUUGGAAAAUGGCACAUACAAUUGUUAUCCUAUAAACAUGCUAACGUUAAAUCGAUCCUACUUGAAGACAAACGCAAUGUACAACCUUCGCUUCAACUACAGAGAUAUAUCAUUAAAUCACACAAGGAAUAUUUUAAAAGGUCAAACUGCUUUAUCACAAUCAUCCACAGAAACUAUUUUAAAUAAACAAAAAAAAAAUUCCGAUGAGUUUAUCUCUUUCCCAGAACAAAUGAAUUACAUAAGAGAUUAUAUAAUAAAAAAUGACAACGACGAGGAAAGCGUUUCUUUAAGGAAUUAUUUGAUUCAUCUUCCUCUGAAUAAUAAAGAAUCUAAAAGUGCUAAAAAUUAUAUUGAUCAUUUACCAGGCCAUCAUAAUUUGGUCAAAAAACGUGUUAUUGUUAAAUCGUUAAAUAAUAUAUACAAAGUAGAGGGAUGUAAUUAG